GCUCGACCUGAACCUCGCCCUCGUCCUCCCCCCCGCGCGAGCCGUGCCACUCAGUGAGCGACCGUCGACGUCGUUGUGCCACGACCCCGCAUUCGACCCGGCUCGCCACCUUGCACGCUACCGAGCUUCGCGCCCCAGGUCAAUUGCGCCGUGCCCAGCCUCGACGCUCUGCACGCAGACACUACACCAUGGCCUCAAGAAAGAAGGUCCUUCUCAAGGUCAUUAUCCUCGGAGACAGUGGAGUCGGCAAGACGAGCUUGAUGAACCAAUAUGUCAACAAGAAGUUCAGCGCAAGCUACAAGGCGACCAUCGGUGCCGAUUUCCUGACCAAAGAGGUGCUCGUUGAUGACAGGCUGGUGACGAUGCAGCUGUGGGACACGGCCGGCCAAGAGCGCUUCCAAUCACUGGGUGUUGCCUUCUACCGGGGCGCCGACUGCUGCGUGCUCGUAUACGACGUAAACAACUCGAAGAGUUUCGAUACACUGGACAGCUGGAGAGACGAGUUUCUUGUGCAGGCUAGCCCAAUGGACCCAGAAAGCUUUCCCUUUGUUGUUAUUGGCAACAAGAUUGAUGUGGAAGAAAGCAAGAGAAUGAUUUCGUCCAAGCGCGCCAUGACCUUCUGCCAAUCCAAGGGCGGCAUUCCCUACUUCGAGACGAGUGCCAAGGAGGCCAUCAACGUGGAGCAAGCUUUUGAAGUGAUUGCACGACAAGCGCUUGCACAGGAAGACGUGGGUGAUUUCAGCAACGACUUCCCCGAGACCAUCCCGAUCGACCUCAAGGGCAACGAGGGUGGUUGCGCAUGCUAGUGUAUGCCGCCACGAAAUCAGCAUGGCUCAUGAGAGGGACAAGUGCAUGUGCAUGUGCCGCAAUGCCGUCGUGCAUCUGGAGUUUGUACGGAGUUUGGUGUUUUUGACAUGGUUUUCGCCCUCGGAAGCGUCGUCGGUCCCUGGAACAUAAGUAUUCUUCACGGAGGGGCUUUGAUGCCUGCCUCGCCCGCCUCGCCGCAUAGCAGUGCCCUGCGUCCAAUGCAAAUAGUUUGGCAGCCUGAACCGGGCUGCCGAUGCCAGCGCC